ACAAGUAUCAGUUAGUAACAGACUAGCCACCAAUACCAAAAUGUUCAAACUCGUCGUUCUGUCAGUAGUGUUCGCCGUGGCGGCCGCUAACCCCGGCGCAGUCUGGGGUGCUGGCUUGGCUGCUCCCUGGGGUGGCGUGGCUACCCCAUUAGCCGCUGGCUGGGGUAACUCCUGGGCCGGAGUCGCCACUCCCUGGGCCGCAGGAGUCGCCGCUCCCUGGGCAGCACCAAUCGCCGCUCCUCUCGCCGCUCCAGUCGCCGCAGUCGCCGUGGGCAGCCCCACGCACUUGAUCAAGAAGAGGUCGAUCGUGGCCGCCGCUCCCUUGGCCGCUGGUCCCUGGGCUGCUGCUCCCUUGGCCGCGACUCCCCUGACUCUGGGCCGCUCGUGGGUCAGCCCCGUAGCUCCCGUCGCUGUCGCUGCCCCCAUCGCUCCCUGGGGUCUGGGCGUCGCUGCUCGUGGUGGUCUUUGGUGAAGCUCAACAGUCAAACAUUUAAAUUAAAACUCAAAUAAAAUACUUUAUUUUACCAA